AUGGCCGAACCGUACCCGACCCUCACCCAGUGCGCGCUCGUCGCCGGCGCUCUCAAGGUCCUCCUCUUCCCGGCCUACAAGUCCACCGACUUCGAAGUCCACCGCAACUGGCUCGCCAUCACGAACACCCUGCCCGUUUCCGAGUGGUACUACGAGAAGACGUCGGAAUGGACCCUUGACUACCCCCCCUUCUUCGCCUACUUCGAAUGGGUCAUGUCCCAGGUCGCGAAGCUGGUCGACCCGGCCAUGCUCCGCGUCUACAAUCUGGAGUACGACAGCUGGCAGACGGUCUACUUUCAGCGAUGGACCGUCGUCAUCUCCGAGCUGGUCCUCGUCUAUGCCCUCCAGAGGUUCGUCGACUCCGCCGCCGGCGCCACGAGGCGAGCCGCCCAGGCCGCCGCCAUCUCCAUCCUCCUGUCGCCCGGCCUCCUCAUCAUUGACCACAUCCACUUUCAGUACAACGGCGCCAUGUACGGCGUCCUCAUCCUGUCCCUGGCCCUCGCCCGGGCCAAGUCGGGCCUGCUGGCCAGCGGCUUGUUGUUCGCCGCGCUGCUGUGCAUGAAGCACAUCUACCUGUACCUGGCGCCGGCCUACUUCGUCUUCCUGCUCCGCGCCUACUGCCUGUCGCCCAAGUCCAUCCUGCGCAUCCAGUUCCUCAACUGCGUCAAGCUGGGUGGCGGCAUUGCGGCCAUCUUUGGCGCCGCGUUCGGCCCCUUUGUUGCCAUGGACCAGAUCCCCCAGCUGGCCAGCCGCCUGUUCCCGUUCUCGCGAGGCCUCUGCCACGCCUACUGGGCCCCCAACGCCUGGGCGCUGUACUCCUUCGCGGACCGCCUCCUCAUCUACGUUGCGCCGCGCUUCAACCUGCCGGUCAAGGCCGAGGCGAUCAACAGCGUGACCAGGGGCCUCGUGGGAGACACGGCGUUUGCCGUCCUCCCCGAGAUCAGCCCGCGCACCUGCUUCGCCCUGACCCUCUUCUUCCAGGCCCUGCCCCUGGUCAAGCUGUUCCUCCAGGCGCCGCCCACCUGGGACGCCUUCAUCGGGGCCGUCACGCUGUGCGGCUACGCGUCGUUCCUCUUUGGCUGGCACGUCCACGAGAAGGCCGUCCUGCUGGUCAUCAUCCCGUUCAGCCUCAUCGCGCUCAAGGACCGGCGCUACCUGAGCGCCUUCCGGCCCCUGGCCGUGGCCGGGCACGUCUCCCUCUUCCCGCUGCUGUUCACGCCGGCCGAGUUCCCCAUCAAGACGGUGUACACCAUCUUCUGGCUGAUCCUGUUCCUCGUCGUCUUCGACCGCCUGGCGCCGGCCUCGCGGAAGGCGAGGUUCUUUCUGCUCGACCGCUUCAGCACGUUCUACAUCGCAAUCAGCAUCCCGCUGAUCCUGUACUGCUCGGUCCUGCACCAGAUCGUCUUUGGGAAGCGGUACGAGUUUCUGCCGCUCAUGUUCACCAGCUCCUACUGCGCCGUGGGCGUCGUCGGCAGCUGGAUCGGGUUCCUGGUCGUGUACUUUACAUCGUGA